AUCUCCACCUUUCACUCUAAAAAUCAUCAAACACUAAUUUUUAACACCAGACACUUUAGAUUUUUGAUGGAAAUUUAAUCAACACUAUUAAUAUUCAUUUGUUUUCUUCCUUCCACAUUUUCCCACUUAUUAACACUACUUUGUGUGGCCUAACAUUACAUAAGAUUUUUAAAAAUUUAUUUCUAUUAGUAAGUUACAAGGUGUAGGAGUGUAUAAUUAGUUAAAAAUGGCAACCUCCACAACCAAUGCAGUCUCACUUUCUUCUUCCUCCGCCCUUGUUGACGCUAAGGCCACUCAUCGCCAAUCGGCUUCCGCCUCGCCGCAAUGUGUAUCCCUUCCUACCCUCCCUCCGCUGCCUGUCCACUCCCAAAACCGCAUCUCCAAGACUACUUCUUACUGCCGAAAGAUUGCUAGGAAUGUUGUUGCCAUGGCAACUGGGGACGCGCCAGCAGCAGCAGUAGCACCCGCAGCAGUAACCCCAACAACAUCGACUGCUGAAGAAGAAGUUCCUGCAGCAGUUGACACAACAGAGCUUUUGAAAACUAUCCAAAAUGCUUGGGACAAAGUCGAAGACAAGUAUGCAGUGAGCUCACUAGCUGUAGCUGGUGGUGUUGCUCUCUGGGGUUCUGCUGGCAUGAUCUCUGCAAUUGACAGACUUCCUUUGUUCCCUGGCAUUUUUGAGCUCGUAGGCAUUGGUUACACGGGGUGGUUUGCAUACCGGAAUUUAGUGUUCAAGCCUGACCGGGAAGCUUUGCUACAAAAAAUCAAGAACGCAUACAAGGAAAUAAUUGGAAGUAGCUAAAAGAAUAUCAACAAGAAGAAAAGUUAGCAGGAAAUUUGGGGAUGUAUGCCCAAGAGAGUUGAACAGAGAUUCUGCAAUUUUUUUUUUGCAUUUGAAAUGGAAAAUCCUACUACUCUUUUGUACUCAUAUUUCUCUAACAUUAAGUAAACUCUUGUAAUUUACCCUCUCUCCCUUGGAUCAUAAGACACACGCACUCUUGUACCUAUAUUCUUCUAAAACCCUUUGCUUUGAGCAUCACAUAAUACCAAUAAUAUUCCAUGCUAUUUUCUUGAGUAA